UUCUCUCUUUUUUUUUUUUUUGACCUUUCCUCUUCGUCCUGUCUUCUCAACUCAUGGAUUCCCUCUCUUUCUGCUUCACCUUUUCUAGUCUAGUUCAUGCAUGAAGUACUAGUCCCUCAUCUCCCAUUUCUAAACUCCAUACUUUCAUCCACAAAGUCCCAAAAUAGUUAUAUAUGGCUCCCAUGAUCAACUGGUUGGGCUUCUCUCUUUCCCCUCAAGAACUCCCAUCGCAGACUGCAGAUCAAGAUGCUCAUUCUCAAAACACAGUUUCUCGCCUUAGCUUCAUGAACUCUGACAUUAACAUAUCCAGCGCCGAUGUCUCCGUCCAGUGCUUUGAACUCACUUCUGACUCAACCGCUCCAUCCCUCAACCUCCCUCCCCCUUUUGGAAUACUUGAAGCAUUUAAUAGAAACGAUCAAGUUGAAGAUUGGAAUAUGAAGGGUUUAGGGAUGAACUCGAGCACUAAUUACAAGACCACCUCAGAACUCUCUAUGCUGAUGGGUAGCUCGUGCAAUAGCCAAAACCAUGAUCAAAACCAACACCAACCAAAGCUCGAGAACUUCCUCGGCCGACACUCUUUCGGUCAUCACGAAAAUGCCGCAUACAAUAACAAUAAUGGUGACUGCAUGUUCAACAAUUGUUCCUUACAGCUUCCAUCCGAAGCAGGAAACGGCGUGGCAAAUAGUACCGGAAGUACUGGCGGCGGCGGCAGCGGCGGCAUCCACGAGAAUAGCUCUAAUAUUGGUUUGUCCAUGAUAAAGACAUGGUUGAGGAACCAACCGGCGCCGGCACCGCCUCAGCCGGAGAACAACAAGAACGAUAGUUGUGGUGGUGCAAGUAGCGGCAACAAUAUUAAUGGAAGCUGCAUCAAGACAAGCGCACAAACCUUGUCGCUUUCAAUGGGCACGGGGCCGCCACAGUCUAGCUCAAAUUUGCCACUUCUUACGGCGAGUACUGGCAGUGGCGGAGAGAGUAAUUCCUCAUCGGAUAAUAAGCAGCAGAAGAUAACAUCGGGGCUUGAUACCCAAAGUACCAGUGCUAUCGAGGCAGCAACAGUUCCUAGAAAGUCCAUUGAUACCUUUGGACAGAGGACUUCUAUAUACCGUGGUGUAACAAGAUUUUCCAGGCACAGAUGGACGGGCAGAUAUGAGGCUCAUCUAUGGGAUAAUAGUUGCAGAAGAGAGGGACAAACUCGUAAAGGCAGGCAAGUUUAUUUGGGAGGUUAUGACAAAGAAGAAAAGGCAGCUAGAGCUUAUGAUUUAGCGGCACUGAAAUAUUGGGGUACCACUACCACGACAAAUUUCCCAAUGAGUAACUACGAAAAAGAGUUGGAAGAAAUGAAGCACAUGACCAGGCUAGAGUAUGUUGCGUCUUUGCGAAGGAAAAGCAGUGGGUUUUCUCGGGGUGCAUCUAUUUAUAGAGGAGUUACAAGACACCACCAGCAUGGACGAUGGCAAGCAAGAAUUGGAAGAGUUGCAGGGAACAAAGACCUUUACUUGGGAACUUUCAGCACCCAAGAGGAAGCAGCAGAGGCUUAUGACGUUGCUGCCAUUAAGUUCCGAGGACAGAAUGCAGUAACGAACUUUGACAUGAGCAGAUAUGACGUUAAAAGCAUACUCGAGAGCAGCACUUUGCCCAUUGGUGGGGCUGCAAAGCGAUUGAAAGAUGCUCAUGAGCAGGCUGAUAUGACUUUACAUGAGGGACAAAUUAUUAGAACAGAUCAUGAUCAUGACAACAUCAGUUCUCAGCUAACCCAUGGAAUCAACAGCUAUGGGACUGUAGCAGCACAACAUGGCAGCUGGCCUACUAUUGCAUUCCAACAACCUCCUCAGCCUUACAGUACCAUUUACUACCCAUAUCAUGGGCAAAGGCUUUGGUGCAAGCAAGAGCAAGAUUCUGAUUAUCUUCCCCCCAACAGCUUUCAAGAUCUUGAUCAUCACCAUUUACAACUUGGAAAUACCCACAAUUUCUUCCAGCCUAAUUCUACUGUUCUGCACAACCUCAUGAGCAUGGACUCCGCCUCCAUGGAACCUAGCUCUGGCUCUAACUCUCUCAUUUAUAGCAGUCAAGGAGGCGGAGAUGGCAACAACGGCACUGAAAUUGGCGGCUAUGGAGCCAAUGGUACUGCGGGCUAUGCAAUACCUGUGAGUACAGUAAUUGCCAAUAACGAUGGCAACCAAAAUCAAGGAAACAACGCCAGUAGUUUCGGGGAUAGCGAGGUAGUAAAGGCACUUGCGUAUAAUCAAAGUGUGUAUUCAGCAGCAGAUCCUUAUCAUGCCAGGAACAUGUAUUAUCUCUCACAACAUGCAUCGGCGGCGGGUGUGGUUAAGGCUAGCGCAUAUGAUCAGGGUUCGACAUGUAACAAUUGGCCGGUGCCAACUGCAGUUCCAACUCUCGCGGCGGCCAGGUCAAGCAAUUUGGCUGUUUGCCACGCAGCUCCAACUUUCACAGUAUGGAAUGAUACCUAAAAGUAAAGGAUGUUUUAGGUGCAAAAAAGGAUAUUGUAAACAGUACUACACAUUACUGAUUUCCUAAUUUCCUUUU